CUCUAGCUCUGCCUCUGUCCUCGUCUCCUGCCCUCACAAUCCCUUCAAAGGGCCCUUAGCUUUUCCACCACCAAGGCUUUCUAGUCCUUUAAAUCCUAGAGGCAAACUUUGAGGGACUAAGGAAGGCUGGGAGGGGCCUAUGGCUUAACCCUCUCAACCCCAGACAAGAGACCAAAUUGGCUGUCUGGGCGUUGACUCGGUGCUUGGUUGGGAGACUGCCAUGGCCCCCGAGAGGGGCUGAAGCUUAUUCUCAGUGGAGGUGAAAUCCCGCCUGGAGAAAGAAGGAAAAGGCGCCAGAGAGGUAGUCUCCGAGGCCAGGGGGACCCCAGCUUAAGCCGGAUCUCAAUUCAGUCUGGACCACGAGAUGCCGGUAUUGAAGCAGCUGGGCCCUGCACAGCCCAAGAAGCGACUGGAGCGCGGAGCACUCUCUAUCUCAGCACCCCUCGGAGACUUCAGGCACACAUUGCACGUGGGACGCGGUGGUGACGCCUUCGGGGACACCUCAUUCCUGAGUCGCCACGGAGGCGGUCCUCCUCCCGAGCCCCGAGCCCCACCCGUUGUGGCCCCACAUUCUGUCCCUCCACCUGCAGUCCCACAGCCCCCUGUGCCUAGUCUCCGAGUGCCUUCACCUGCGGACCCACUGCUGUCCUUCCACCUGGACCUGGGCCCCUCUAUCCUGGAUGCGGUGUUAGGCGUCAUGGACGCGGAGCGCGGCGAGACAUCGGCCACCAAGCCCAAUGGGGAUGCCCACCCUGGAAUGCAGCACUCCGAGGUCCACUGCUGUUCCAGUGCUGACCUCCAGCUGAACGACGUCAUCGGUCUGUAGUGUCGUGAUUCCUUCAACCCCUCCCUCCCAGCAUUCCACUUUUGUACACAUAAAUGGCCAAGGUUUGUGCCA